AUGACGCGCGAAACCGUAGACUCUGCUUCAAACCUGUCCGUGCCGCAAAAGGUCCGUAAGCUCAUCAAGUGGUUCUCACAUCGAGACGGUCCUGUCAGGAACUGGCGAUAUAUCCCGGCGCAUGUACUCUUACGAAAACUGCAAUCGGAAUCUGCCGAAAUGCGGGCAUACGCCGCUGAAGGGUUAGGCGGUGUUGGUGGUGUCCAUGCUGUCGCGCCGCUCAUUAAUGCCUUAAACGACAGCAACUCGACCGUUCGCCGUUUCGCUAUCUCCUCUCUUGGAAAAAUCCGCGAUGCACGCGCUAUUGAUGUGCUUGUACCGUUUCUACAAGACGAAGAAGCUGACAUGCGAUGCGCGGCUGUUGUUGCUCUUGGCGAAGUGGGACUUGGCGAAGAGAGAUUCUCGGUGCCACCGGUCCAGGUAAUAGAGGCAUUGAUAAACAGUGUAACGGACACUGACAGAGCCGUCUGUUCCGCUGCUGUCGUCGCUUUAGGCAGAAUCGGUAGUCCACAAGCCAUCUCCGCACUCAAUGAAUUGGCAGAAACCACUGAGAGCGAAUGGGUCCGCCGUUACGUCAGCGAGGCAUUGCAUCAAAUCGAAGAGCAGAACACCUAA